GCGAGUCAGUCGUCCACAUUCAUCGCUCCCGUUCGCAAGUGUGUUUCUUGGUGUAACCGCGGGUCGAAAGAAAUUUCUACCAAGAUCGCGCGUCUUCGCCCUCGUCGCCAAUCGGUUAUACAUACAGUUUUUUUUCUUCUCUUUGCUCAAGAUUAACGCCGGUGGUCCCGAACUUUGGGUGAAGAUAUUGAAUGAGGCUUGACCUACUCAGUGUUAUUGACAUUCGGAACAAUACGGGUCAUAGUAGACCAGUGAAGUUAGUGUUUGGAUCACAGCCUGCUUGGUGAUUGAUUGGUUCGAUUGGAAGAUGUGCAGUGAGUGAGUCUGAGAAGGAAACGAAAGGAUUUAAGCGGAAAUUGAAUCGAAAAGGAGACGACAUAAGAGUCAAAGUACUUGGCGCUGAAAAAAAGAAAUAUUUUGAUUUUCGUUUUAUUUGUUUUCUGCCAAAAAUAAGUGGGCAAAGCUUUGAAGGCAACAAAAAAACACACGGCAGAAAAGUGAGCGAAUCCGAGUCAGCCGAGGGUGCUACUCAUCAUUGCUGGCGGACCUACAUACAUACUCGCUCACUGCGUUUGGGUGGUAUUUUUAACAAGCCUCGCGCGCAGGCAGCCCCGAAGUGUUCCGUUCCAACUACGGCCAGAGGUACAAGGAAAGGCGAAGAUCAGUGCGAUCUCGCCGCCGCCGUCGCCGUCGUCAUCGUAGCCGUCUUUGCCGUUGUCGUAGCAACCCGCAUGCGAAGUGACAAGUGAACGCGAAAUAAAGCGGAGCAGAAGAUCGCGUUCUCCCGCAGAAGAGUAUCCACAAGAGAGAAGGAAAUCAGUGCAGUAGGAGAAAGAGAGCGGAUGAUCGUUUGUCGUGGUGUGUGCGCUAACGUGAGCUUUCUCGUUGUUUUGGAAGUGUGUGGGAUGAGGCGGGCAAGAGCCGAAGGAAGAAAAGUGCUGUUUCAGUGAUUUUUUGUCUCGCGGAAGGAAUGUAUAUUUUUCUUUUGAAUCAAAUUUGAAUCAUCGCAAUUCGGCGGUGAUAAAGUGAGAGGUGGAAGCCACUCAACCAUCAAGUGACAAGUGAGUCAGUGAGUGCAGACACACGCGAGUGUAUGAUAGAUGCACUUCGGGGAAAUCAAAAUCGAUCGUGUAUCGUCGGUUGGAAGCAAGGUUGAAGAUAGGCAAGAUAUAGAUCGUCUUCUGGCUGGGCCGAAGAAGGUGCGCGCACAAACACAGUUGAAACGUCAAGAAAAACCUGCCGUGUCAGCCGGACACAAAUACACGUUCAGAGAGGAAACUUCUUCAAAAGUCGAAAGAGUCAGAAUUUAGAAAUUCUCCACUAAUAACAACGCAAACGAACGAGGAGACGAAGGCGAUCUGCCGCCAAAGGCUGCACAACGACCCAACAUAUCGACUCGAGGACGAAACGGUAUUUGACGAGACAAAACUACUCCCAAUAGAACGAUACAACCGAUGACUCCGUCGAACAUGAGCUAAGCUGAGACAACUUGUUUUCAACUAUCAAUGGACAAACAAACAAGCACUCAAAGGUAAUGAUCCAAAAUGUUCGGAACGAGUAUCGAAGACCGUCUCAGUGAACCGAGCGCAAUGCCGCACAAAGCAAGUCACGCUGCCGCCGUAGCGACGGUGCCCCAUCGAAGACACAACUUCCGACGAAGGCCUACUGAGACCGUGAUGGCCGGCCAUUGUUCCUUGUUGCUCAUAGCCCUAGUGUUAAGUUGUCCGCUGCUGGCAGUGGUCAGAGCCAUGCCGCACUCUUCACAUCAUUCUUCUUCCUUGCCUGGCGCCGGAAGCGGCAGUAGUAGCAGUAGUGGUAGUGGUAGUACAAAGAGUUUAGGAGUGUACAUGAUCCGUUCACCGGAAUCGACGACGGCGCCGGCCGGGGAUGAGGUGCUAUUUGAGUGCGAACUGAAUCUGAUUCCGGAGCGGUUGGAGUGGAGGUUUCGACCGCAGGGCAGUGCCGGUAGUCGAGAUGAUUAUGUUUACUUGAACAAGAAUGGUCACAAUGUGACAACCAUCGAAGGAAACUCGAAGCUUCACGUGUACGUCAACUCGAAGACGAUCGGCGAGUAUCAGUGCGUAGCGUGGUUCGGUGCUUCGGCGAUCGCGUCGAUCCCUGCGAGGCUCACGCUGGCCUCGAUCAACCUGGAAUCCAGUAUUAGCGGUGGUAGCAGCAGCAGCAGUAGCGGAAGCAGUUUCGGCAACUAUGGAUCCCUGCGAAGCAGCAGUAGUAUAAGUGAUAGCCACAAUGCACGAACCGAUCGAGUUCCGACGGUCAUGAGGAGGGUACUAUCCCCGAUCCAGCAGCAACAUCUGAAAAUCUCACCUGGAAACAGUAUUAUCAUCAAGUGCGGUGACGUCGUUUCCAAUCCUCCAGCCAUAUGGAGUUACUACAAGGACGAAGUGGCCAUCUCAACGAACGUACCACAGCUCCCGACCGGUGGCUUGAUCCUGUCCCAAAUAACGCCACAGGACUCGGGAACCUACCGGUGCUCGGCCAUCAACUCCAUCACCGGCAACGAGCUCAAAAUGCCGCAGAAAACCACAAUCCUCGUCGAGUACACGCCUCGAUCGCCGCCGAAAGCGAUCUACAAGCCACAAAACGUAUCUGUUUCCCCCGGAGCCACCGCCCUUCUCGAAUGUCCUGGUGUGGCAAAUCCAAUCCCUCGGACUUCCUGGUUCCGGCGGGACGGUCUUCCCAUCAGCGAUCACUCCAAAGUUCUACCCUACGGUCUUCAGCUCACCGUCGUGACAUCCGAAGACCAAGGCGAGUACGUAUGCCGUCUGGAAAACGGUGUCGAGCCCUCACUGCUCCACACCAUCAAACUGACCGUCCUGGAAGCACCGAAGAUCGUUGAGCCUCCUCGCUCAACGCUGACGAACGAAAGCGAAAGUCUCGAGCUGGAGUGCAUCGCCAAGGGUUCCCCGGUGCCGGAAAUCUACUGGAUGAUCAACGGCGACUACACCAAGUGGGAUCGGUUGAUCAAAUCCAACGGAUCGAAGCUGUUCAUCAAGUCAGUGGAGAAGAAACACGCCGGAAUUGUGCAGUGCUUUGCGAAGAACGAAGUCGGGGAAGUAAGCGAAAGCAACCUGCUGCAGGUCAACCCGAAGCAGAUUCCCGGAGGAAUGGAGACGGUUCCGCUCGGAUCGUUUCCCACCGGACCCAAAGGAAACGAGCACAACGGGAAAAGGCCCAAGGGCGGAAAGAAACACAAACACCUGGUCAUGAUCCCCCCGUCCCGACCGAACAUCACCCGGCUGUCGGACGAAUCGGUUAUGGUGCGCUGGUCGGUCCCCUCGUCAGAUGGGCUUCCGAUCCAGUUCUUCAAGGUCCAGUACCGGAUGCUCGGUGACCCGUCCCGGAACAUCGCCCGCACCCAAUGGAUGACCGAAAACGAAGACAUCCCACCGUACACCCGGUCCUACGAGGUGAACGGGCUCAAGUCGGACCACUUCUACCGCUUCCGAAUCGUGGCCGUGUAUUCCAACAACGACAACAAGGAGGGUGCUGCUUCCGGCAAGUUCCACCUGCAACGAGGAUCCCAGCUCGGCGUUAAGAACCACCUGCUCGCCCCAACCUUGACUCGCAUUGAACCCGUCUCGCAGCACGCGAUCGUUCUGCACUGGCAGUUCCCGCAGCACCUUCCACACCCCAUCGAUGGCUUCUACGCGUACUACCGUCCGGCCACGACGGCUGGCGAGUACUCCAAAGCUACGGUCGAUACACCAACGGCACGACACUUCAAGAUCGACCACCUGGAACCGGGAACGGCCUACGAGUUCAAGCUGCAGUCCUUCACCGCCGCCGCAGCGUCCGAUUUUAGCGCCAUUCUGACGGGGAAGACACUGAAACCUCCGACGGUGGCACCGAUUGUUCCUUCGGUAAUUGCCGCCUCGGAAGCGAGCGACGGAACCGGGGAAGUACCAAACUAUGUCUACAUGGGCGUCGGUGGCUUCGUACUGGUUCUGGGAGGUAUCGUACUGCUGUGCUGCUGUUGCGUAGCUUGUCGCAAGAAACGGGGACCGGGAGUUGACGAAACGGACGCCAAAUCGCACAUACAAGUCGAGCAGAACGGAUUCCCCGGAUCGGUUAGCAAUGGGGGUCCCCGAUCGCAUCACCACAAGAGUCGCAACGGGAUCAGUGCCCGGAUGAACAUAACGCCGAACCCGCUGGCACAGGAUGGGGACAAGAAUCGUAAUGUGAUGGAGCUGCGCUUUCUGCCGACCAAGCCGACGAGAUCCGCUGCUCCGAGUGGCACUGCCGGCUCUGGCUCUGGUGGUGGCGGCGGCGGCGGCGGUGAAGGGGACGGCGGUGAGCUCGCAGACGACAUCAGCGGUGGCGGUACCAAUCUGACCUGCAAUGGAUCUUAUCUUACUAAUAACAAUCACCAUCCGCAUCCGCAACACCAUCCGUUUCAUCACCAUCAUCAUCUGCAGCAUCAGCAGCAGGCGGCGGCAACGGCGACGACGAUCAUCAACAGUGCCAAUCCGAUGACAGCCGUCGGGCAGGAACAUCUGAUGCUGGCAUCGAUGCCACACCGGAGGACACUGGAGCGGAGCAUGCGUAACCUUCAGCACGGUCAGCACGUCAAUGGGUUGGACCAGCAGCAGAAGAUGAUGCUGGAAGGGGACUGUGGGGUUACGACCACCGUCGGCGCUGGGGUUGGCAUUGUACUGGGCUCCAGGAACAAUUCGUCCAUCCGACGGGGACGGCGUGGGUCCGGAUCGGUACCUGGAAGUCCUCGGGUCGGUCGAGGACCCAGUGCCGAACUGCUGCAGCACAAUCGGUCGCCAAUGCCGAUCCGAGCCGCGGCCAGUGGGGUCAAACGGGCAGCCCGGCUAGGACGGGCCGAAAACAUGUCCUCCGGCAGUUUGAACAGUAUUGAAGUGUGAGCGGAGUAGGAUUUCCUUUUUCUUCUACGGCCGCAGCGGGCUACUUUGAUUAUAGGUAGAAAUUUACUUUCUUUCGAAAUGUGAUAAAAUUUUGCCUACUGCAAAGGCGCAAAGAUUGUUUAUUUUUUUCUUUUCUGUUCUCUUAAAUUGGUAGGAAAAAUAUUAACCUUUUUGUUCUUUCUUCAAACUCCACACAAGAAAAGACAACAGAUUGCUAUGAAUGGAAGAAAAAAUGAAAGCCCCACAAAUCCGCAACCGAAAUAGCUAAUAUACAUUUAAUACACUGAACUAGGUUUAGAAAAAAAUACAAACAAAAAUAGUUUGAAAAUAGUAAUCCGUCCUCUUAACGCAUAAACCACUGACGAUUUUCCGAACGAAAUGAGAAGAAUCCAACGUUGGUACAUACAUAUGUAGCGUAAAUGUUCACUAUUACGAAGGAGCGCAGUAUAUUUACUACAGUGUACGCUUAAAACAA